CAUUAUCAUCUAAUUAUUAACAGCAGAUUCUGAGAACUGCUAACAGGAGCUGCGAGGGUUUGGGUAGGGAGGGGUGUUAGGGUGUGUGUGUGUGUGUAAGUGGCAGUUUGAGUGUGUGUGUGUGUGUGUGUGUUUGUAAGUGACAGUUUGAGUGUGUGUGUUUGUGUAGCGCCGGUGUGUAUCCCUGUGCAUUUCAUGUUUGCUGAGAGGGCGGCUCUCUUCGCAAUUUGCUUCUAUCUUCUCUCUGACCCUUGAUGCUGCACAGACUCAUAAAAGACUCCAGAAGGUCAGACACAUGCUCGUGUAUAAUGAAGGGCUUUUUUCCCGCUUUGAUGGUUGUUCCUGUGCUGCAGCUGUUGUUGUGCAGCCUGACAGGUAAAACGUUCGGCCUGGCCCAGUGUAUUUUCUGGGUAAUCAUGCAUAACCUAUUUAACAAUCUUGAUGAAUAUUCUGAAUAUCUCUUCUCAUUUUGUCCUCAUUGGUGCUAUUUUGAUGACAAUGCAUAGUUGUCUCGAGAAAAUUUGCCAUAGGGAAUAUUUUUGUUUAACAGAUGCUGUUAGAAUAGUUUUUUUAAGCAUCUAAAAACAUCUAGACUUCUAUAUUUCAUUGACAUUAUCCAAAAUGUUUCCAAAGAUAUUGAGAGCCUGAGAAAUUUCACAUUUUAUAAAAGGCUAUGGGAUGAUUCAUUUUGGUCGCCUUUAAAUUGGGUCAUAUCUACUCUACCUGUCUGUUUUAGUUAUAACUUCUGUGGCCAGUGACUUAUGAGGAAAAUAAAACUGCUAGCCAGUUACACUGUUUUUUCCUUCCACUGUUUGUCACUCGUAAAGAAUAAUGAUUAUUCCCUUGCUGUUUGCUGCGUGAUGUGAAUACAACUAAUAUACAAUAAUAAACUAACUGAAUACAUAAACUUCCAUGAUCCCAAAUUGCUUCACGACAUUAUCAAAGUCGGACUUUUGUCAUUGUUUUAAAUUAGAGGCCGUUAGCAGCCAAACUUAUGUUUUGUACGUUUAAGAUAACAGAUCAUGUCAGUGCCUGCAGCAGCCAUCAUUAAGUCCCUCCCUCGCUUCCCUCUUGGCCCCUCAGCUGACCAUAUCUCCUCGGGAAAAAAGCCCGGGAGAGAUGACAUCAGAAAAACGGGGCCUUUUAAGUCCCAUCUGCGAUGAAGGAAGAGGCUUGAAAAAUAAACUUGUCUGCCAAAAACGCCCUUAUCAGAAAACCAUGGGGGACGGUUAGAUGGCCUGAGAAGCACAAGGCCUUUAUCUCGCUGGCACGCCCCUCGGUGGACCACAUCGUGCUGCUUAUCAGCUUCACGGAUGUUGCAGGAGAGUGGGGAGGAUUAGACGUCCUUGCAGCUUAAACUUUGUCCUUUUCCCUAAUAAGCAUGUUACAGAGGUCAUCGAAGCAAUGAACUCGAAGCAGAAGAGUAAAUAUGAGAAGUGAGACGUCCGGUUUAUAACCAUAACCACAAUAUCCUGCUGCUGAUUGAAGAAACACAGAACAUCUCAGUAAUGACAACGAUCUUUGACCUUGAUUGUGGAAGCUGAGGUGAACUAUGAUACCGUCUGGCAUUUCUAUGAUUGCUGACAGUUGCUCUGCAGUUGUCAGUCGUGAGGUAUCUCGACAUGACAUCAACAAAGCCACAGGCAAAACUUUUUGUUGAGCAGAACAUGAAAUGAAAGGCUGGAGAAACCAUACUGCUUCGAGAAUUGAGCCGAGAUAACAUCACAAACCCUGGGUUCUCUUUUAUCUCUUACGUCUCCUCGGCUUUCAGCAGGUUUACCCAGGCUGUGAGCAGCCGUCGUGAACGAUCAUGCUGGCCUGUAUCCAGAGACGACAGAACCUCCCGUCGCAGCGUCUGGCCUGCACUCCCAAAAGCCUCGAUGUUGCUCCGCCGCCAUUGCUGCUGCCGGCGCCACCGCUGCAGCCCUGCACCCGCAAAGGCGAGCUGGCCACCGUGAUUUCCCGGUACCCCUCUCCUGCAGAGCUGGAUGCCUUCGCCCAGCGGAACGCCAACAGCCCGCUGUCCAUCAAAAUCUUCCCCUCCGAUGUUCGGGUGCCGCAGCAGAAGCAGCUCAACAAAACCGUCAACGGCUUAGACACCACAGGCACCCACCGCUACAGCCCGUACCCCGGCUCAGGAGGCCUGCUGGCCGUCCAACACUCCGAGGUGGUCCGAAGCGGGGUGAAGAACUCUGAGGGCAGGAGGACUAAACAUGCAAACAACCACCAGGCCUCUGUGGCACCGUAUAACAAUCCUCUGAAUAAUGGCUACGCUGUCAGACAUGGGCACAAGGCCUAUCAUAUAAGCGCAUGUAAGCUCUCUGAUGUGCCCAUUGAGACCCUCUGUUCCGGUGCGGGGAUGACCUCCGGAGGCCGGAGCGUGCUCCCCCGGUCGGAGCUGGCGGAGGUUCAAAGCCUGAUGAGGCAGAUGAGCCGAGUUCCCCACAGCCAGGCCCUGCAGCUGGGGGGGGAGGCGCGGGCCAGCCCCACCGUGCAGGCCGUGGCCGCGGUGGCCCAUUCGGAUUCCGACUUUGUCCUGGGGGUGCCGCCCCAGAGCAGCCUGGCAUUCACAGGAGCGAUGCUGCCCACGCAGAGUGCAGACAUAGCCAAAGCCGGCUACCUGGAGAAAGGAGACUACGCGCUGUGGCAGCACAAGCCUCCGGUUCAGCAGCAGCAUCCGUCCUAUCAGCAGGUAGCAGUGAGGAUGUACAGUGUGAGUAACGCUGCUCAGGGGCACCGAGCACCACAGGCCGGGGUUGGCCAGUCUCCCGAAUCCUGCCUCCCCUUGGCGUGCUCCUCUCAGCUGGCCUACAGGCCGCCUCCUCCCGGUGUGGGUGCUGGGCAGGAGCGAGUCAGCAGCUCGUCCCUGAGCUGUGCUGCCAUGCAGGGCGGGGGGGCCGUCGGACAGUACUUCACUCCCCUCUGGGACGGCGUCCUGGCCACCCCGCACAGCGACUGUUACACCUCUCAGGUGCUGGCAACGGGUCCAUGCGCGGCCAGGCCUAGGGACAUGGGCUUCUCUCACCCCCACCUCCACCCACACUGCCAUCAACGCCCCCACCAGCCUCAGCAUCAUCAGCCUCAGCUGCACCCUCCUCUCCCCCCUCACAUGCAGGCCUACAGCACGGACCCGAACCUCUGCUGUGGGCUGCCCACUUCCAGCCUGUGCCACGCCGCAGUGCUCAGCAGCAGCCUGCAGUCUCUGGAGUGCCUCAUCAGUGACAUCCACCCUCCCUGCAUCAAAGAGCGCAUGCUGGGCCGUGGGUACCAAGCCAUGGGAAUGCCUCAGCUGCUGGAGCACCACCAGACAGCCCACCUCCAACUCCCCGUCUACAGAUAAGACGAGGCGCUGGGGGGGGGGGGGGGCACGGAGGUGACAAACCUGACAGCGGAGGCGUGUCGGCUCAGAACGAGACAUGCCUUUUUACGUCCGUGCAUGAACUGUAUCCGGAGACGGCUUGGUGUUAGAAGCCUGAAGGUAAAACGAUAAUCACGACCUAAGAUAGAGGUUUAUCUUAUGGACUUUUUUCUGUUUUUAUUUUUAUAUCUUAAAUGGCUGUUCUCCGUUUGACACUGAUGCUGAGCACCCAAUCACGAUUCGCCAUCUCACUCUAACAUGUAACCACUGUCUGUUGUUUCUCCGUCGGCCUUUACAAACAUGGGAAACCUGCGAAACUGAAAUAAUCAUUGGUACUCGUCUAGAAACACUUGAAUCUGACAGUUUAUGUGAAUAUAUGAUGUUUUUUUUUUUUUCAUAUUUGAGAGGGAACGUUUCUUGAUUAUUAACUCACAUUAUGUUCGUCUGUUACUUUAAUGUGAAUUUAGUUUUUCCGUGUUAACAGACAUGUGCUUCAGCAGUAUGCUUCCGGUGAACAUCUUUUUUUGAUCAUUGUGUGUUUUAUCAUGCAGUUAUAGACAAAAGUGAUGUAACUUAGUCCCGCUCAGCUCAGCCUAUUAUGGAUAAUCAACACUGUGGCGUUCAGGGCCGAGCAGGAUGUGCAGUUUGGUUGUGUUUUUGUUAAGAUUUCUAAAAGAGGGAUGUGUUAGGAUGUGACAGUUGUUGUGGCAGCGUAACACGACACCUGGGAAUGAUGGAGUGCCAUGUUGUUGAGAGCCGGAUGCCUGAAUCAUUUACACUCCUCUUCUUUUUAGGGCUAUAUGAUCUCUGACAGUGUGCGACGUGUGACUGAGUAGAUCUGUGUGUGUCUGCACUGGUUGUGUAAAACUAUUUAUUUAUGUCGGCCUGUUGAGUUCCAUAGCAAACUGUCUCUAUAAUUAUAAAGUGCAAUUAUUCUAUAUGGACAUGUGAACGCUCUCCAUGAGGUAUGAUGUUGAAAUAACUACAUUUUGCAAUGUAUGACCCUCACCCCGAUCCCCCCCCCAGCCCCCUUUUGCCCUCUUCUUAAUAAGG